GACACUGCGGGUCAGGAGAGAUACAGAACUAUAACUACAGCGUAUUAUAGAGGAGCUAUGGGAUUUAUUCUAAUGUAUGAUGUAACAAACGAGGAAUCUUUUAAUGCUGUUCAAGAUUGGUGCACACAAAUCAAGACAUAUUCCUGGGACAAUGCACAAGUUGUUUUAGUUGGUAACAAAUGUGACUUAGAAGAUGAGAGGGUCGUUUCAACAGAGAGAGGCAAACAAUUGGCUGAUCAAUUAGGUCUGGAAUUUUUUGAAACAUCAGCAAAAGAAAACAUCAACGUAAAAGCUGUGUUCGAACGAUUGGUGGAUAUAAUAUGCGACAAGAUGUCGGAAAGUCUCGACUCGGACCCCACCCUCGUGAGCAGCCAGGCAAAGGGUACCAGGCUCACGGAGAAUCCAAACCCGCAGGCGUCGGGCUGUCAAUGUUAACACAUCCACACACUUGUCAAAACUCAUGUGUAGAAGGGAAAGACGUAGAUAACGCGUGUUGAAUAUGCAUACUGACUGGUGUUUUUAUUUUAUGUAUAUGCCAAUAGGAAAAUCAUGCAUACGAAAAUUUAUCAUUGGUCAUUUUUUUAUCAUUUUUAUCACCAUAAGAGUAUAAUGAACAAGGUCUCGUUAUUGACUGCUGUCCAAACUGGGGUAGUUAACAUUAAAUCAUUAGAGGCUGUAGUCUACAGGAAUUCUGUAGCAUUUUGCCAGUUUGAUUUUAAAAACAAGUUAAAGCCAUUUACCUGAUUUUGUUACAGGAAAUUAACAGAUUUAGAGAUAUUUUUUCUUUAAAAUAGAACGAGAUUAGAGGUGUUUUGUUUUUUUACAAAACUAAAUUUAAAAAAUGUUAGAAAAAAAAAGGACAGUUAAUGUGCAUGGUAGAAUAAAGAUGUACUUUUAAAGUGAAACAUACAAAUGCUCUGAAUAUUUUUACAGAUUGAUGAAAAUGAGUUUAGUUUUGUAUGUUUUUGAAGAAAAAUUCUGUCUACAAAAACAAAGUCAUAUAUAGUACUCACCCCAUGCUUAACAGAAAAUAUAGGCUUUUAUACUAAUACAUUCAUGAAGUCUGGGUUCUAGAAUAAUUAAUAUAUAUAUAGGUUGUUUUUUUUCCGUAGAACUCUUUUAUGUUCUUUGGUUGAAUGCGUAUUACAUUAUUGAACUUGUAUUACGAAGGUUUCUUGAUAGUAAAAUAUAACAUUUUACAAUAUAGCCCAUGUUUAUGAUGUAAUAAUCUUUUGCCGAUAUUCGCUAUUUAUGUCCGGUUUAAUUGAGAACAUAGUACAUGUAAUUAGCACGGAGUGUAUAUGUCAUAGACUGAGAAAAAAUUUGACUCCAAGAAUGUAUGUUUAUACAGUUGUGUUUAACGACACAUACAUAUUAAAUAUUUGUGUAGUGUAUAUGCACUAUGUAAUGUGUUGUUACAAACUAGUGCAUAUGAGAAUAUGUAAAAUGUUUUUCCCAUAUAAUGUCUCCUUUUUUUGAAUACAUUGUACGAUGUUAUUUACGUAAAUGUAUAUUUAUGUGUACAUUUUCUUUUUCAUUGUCUCAGAGCCAAACUAGUGUAGCAGUUAACGAAAGAAAAAAAGCAGAUAGACUGGUUUGGCACUCAGACUGCAUUUUAUUGAUUUACGCAGUUAUUUCCGAGUAUCGAUGUGCGAAUAAAGUUUUCAAGACUCAUCAAAGUACAAUAAAAUGUCUGCCAUUUGGGCUCCGGACAUACAUUUUAUGCCAUUAUUUGGCCAUUUCCACUUAAGGUAAUGCAAAUUACUGAUUAAAGGAGAAAUCCUGGUAAGAUUAUCUUUGAAGAAAUCCAUUUUACGGCAGGCUUUAUACAAAUGUAUAACAACGUCGUCGCUUUCAUGAUGAGAUCGUGAAACUUCUUUCUCUCGCUGUCAGAAAUCUUGCGAGGCACAAAGCAUGAUUUACUGAUAAUCUUGAAUUACGGUUUAACAUAAGAAUAGCAACAAGUCUAAUAAUGCCGCCUUCCAUUGGCGAUGUUUAAUUUGAAUAUGAAGUUCAUUUGUGUAAUUUGUAGAUUUCUCACUAUUGAAAUUUAAAUUGAUCUUAUACUUCAGUAUAUUGUUUUCAUCUCUGAAACUAGACGUAUUUUGUUUUUUUAUUUACAGUUAUACAAACGUUGAAAAUGAGCAUUUUGUUACAAAACUUUGUGCAAUAAUGAUUGAUAUUGAAUUUAUGUUAUGCUCACUAACAAAAGAGUUUUUUUCCUCUUUCAAAAAUCUUAGAAAUAGGUAAUGUGGUUAUUACAGUUUUUUGCAUUUUUGAGGGGUUUUCAUAAUAUUGACUUUUCAUAAUUAAUUGUAAUAUACAUAAGGUUUCUUGUAUGCUUUGUUUAGAAUUACCAGCAUGUAUAUAUGGAGAGUAUUUUGGCAUGGCCUACAUUUAAUUCCAAGUUUCAUUAAACAUUCCAUUUUAUAUUUUUCUCAAAUUUUAAAAUUACAAUUGCCAGAUUCUCUUUCAAAACAUUUUUUUUUUUCAGUGAAAAUUUUGUAUCUGGUAAGAACAAAAUAUUUACUACCUCUAAGUGUAUAAGAUUGUUCUUUAUGGAAACAAAAAAACGUGCACUCAAUUUUUUUGUUCAAAGAAGAGCACUUGGCAUUUUUGCGAUUAUUAUAAUUUGUUACUUUUGCCUAUAUAUCAUGUGGAAUAUUUUACUAAAACAUAACCUCCAUUGUAUGUACAUUAUAUAAUAAGCAUGACCGAUUCAAUGGUCAGAUAAUUCUCUCUUAUCUUUUAUUUUUUGACGAGUAUCUACCAUCGGAAUAAAUUUGUCUCACCCCCGUAAUUAAUUCUAAUUAUGGUUCUAUACCGCAUCAGACAGAAUUCUUCUACAGAUCAUGCCAAAAAAAAAAAUGAUGGGAGAUAUAUUAUCAAGUAUCUUAAUUAAAAUGUAUCACUAGAGAGACAUUAACAGUGAAUAUUCUUAUUUCCAGACGAAUUUUUGAUUCUUUUAUAUGACUAAAAAAUAUCCCUAGACUGUACUGCUGAAAGGAGAAAAAGAGAUAGAAAAAAAGUGCAAUAAUUAAAAUAAAAAAAGAUAAACAUUUUAACUGGUUAGGAAAAAACAUAUGAUUUUUAAGAAUUGUGUGGAAUAAAAACCCAUAAUCUGCUGGAAUUGAAAGUUACCUUUGCUACCCAUAUUGAGGCAGACAAGUUUGCACUUCCGUGCCAUCUAACCUGGCUCUUUACUGCAGGUAGCUCAAUUUUUAAAUUUUUUUUUUUUUUGUAUUUUGAUAUUAAAAUCCCUUAAACUUUAAAUGGACUGUGUCAAAUUCAAAGCAGUGCAAAUCUUUAGGUUAAGGGUUAAAAUAAGAUUUUUAAACCAUAAGAUCAUAGGGAAUUAUUGAAUUGUAUGAAAGGGGGUGAUUUAUUUGAUAUGUUACAAAAAAAGGCAUUUAUUUGAAAUAAUUGUUAGUGCAAUAUACUGGUUGUUCAAGAUUUACAGUUUACGAAAUUUUAUCUUAUUUACUGAAUUAGAUCUGAAAAUAUUGGCAUAUGUUAUGAAUAUAGAUACAAAAUUUCAUCAUAUUAAAGCUAUAGAUCUGAAACUGUUGACAUAUGUUUUUUGAUCAUAAAUAUGAAAUUUUUAUCAUAAUUAUAGUCUCUUGAUCAUUCGUAAUCAUACUAAUGUACAUGUAUAUUGUAAGUGUUCUAAUUUAAAGCAGUUUGUUUUUCUCUAUCAGUUGUAAAAUCAUAUACUUUCAGAUGCCAUGAAUUUGCUUAACAAUGUAUCAGUGUACAUAAAAGUUAAGAAUUGAUGAAUUAUUUUAAGAUAAUCAUUUGUAUGACAGUCCUUUUAUUAGUAUUUCAUGAAAAUAGACACUUUCUGUGAACUGUAUGGUCACUUAGAUUACAGUAAAUGUGUUGUCAUAUUUUUUACAGUCUUGGCCAAAUUAUCUUAUUUGAUCGGAUACAUAUAUUUGAAUAUUUGACUUUGAUUGAAUUGACCAAAACAUGUUUGGUCAGUUUGUCCAGUAGAAAAAGAUUUUUGUAAAAUUUGUGGCAAAAUAUAAACUGAAAGUACAUGAUUUUACAGUGAAUGUAUUAUAAUUGAGCCGGGUCACGACAAAACCAACAUAAUGGGUUUGCGACCUGCAUGGUUCCAGACCAGCCUGCGCUUCCGCGCAGUCUGAUCAGGAUCCAUACUGUUUGCUAUCAGUUUCUCUACUUGUAAUAGAGUUGGUAAGCGAACAGCAUGGAUCCUGAUCCUGGAUCCAUGCUGGUCGCAAACCCAUUAUGUUGGUUUUGUCGUGACGCGGCUCAUAUAGUGACAAGACAUUUUGUUAUAUGAUUAUAAUUGUAUGUGUUUUAAACACCAUUCCAUCUAGCUGGUGUGGGACCAAUAUUAGAAAUUCCUAUAUUACAUUGAUAAAUUUAUUGUUUUUCUCUUUUAAUAUAUAUAUAUAUUUAUUAUAUAUAUAGACUUUUUUGUCUAAGUAAGACAUUCCAUGACUGUACAUUCAAUAUUUAUACAUACAUAUAUAUAUACAUACAUAUAUUUCUUGUUUGUUUAUUUGCUUGUCAUUAUUGUUUGUUUGUUUCUGUGCUAAGAUUUUGAAUGAAAUUGACCUUUUUUUUUUACAGUAAAUUAACUUUUUACAAUAAAUCAACUUUUAAUGGAAUUGAGAAAAAACAACAACAUCAAUAACAGUAACUUGAAGCACCAUGCUUGUGCACAAUUUCAGUGUCUUAGAAAUUCAAUCAGAAAAGCUCAUUUGAUAGAGAACGAGAAUUGCAUGUUACGAGUUUUUCUCACUUAAUUUUCAGAUUAAAUAUGAAAAAAAAUCUUUUUUUUUUUAAGGGAAUUGAGUUUUCUUUAUAUUUUUAUCGUGCCAUUAUACCCAACUACGCAAAUUACAAGUGUUUUUCUAAGCUACAUUUCUAGGAAUAAGAAAAUUAUUUCCAUUAAAAGUAAAUCAUUUUCUGUCAGCAUUUGAGCUGAUAUUUUCUGAUUAAGUCAUGAAAUGCAAAUGCUAUAUAUUUUCUUGCAAGCAGGAAUGUAUAAUAACAAUUUCUUCCCAUGGAUAUGUUAAGGUAGUUCAUUUCAUGAAAAAGUGGCAUCGAUUAAGACAUGUAAGGUACAUACCGGUAGGUAUAACAGGCAAUUUUAUUUUUGGUCUCUUAAACUUUUUAGAUAUUUGAUAAGAAGAGAUUUUUUUCUAGGUAAUAUGAUUUUAAUAUAAUUAUGAUAGUUAUAUUGAUUAAAUUUUGUCUGUAAAUGAACCUAUAGUUUUUCUAUGAGAAACCUUUUGAAAUCCAUUUUAAAGGGCGUUAUUUAAAAAAAGAGUGUUAUUUACAACAUAUAUGGUAGUUAAAUUGUUUUAUGUGUAACAGACCAGGUGUUUUUCAAUGUAAAAACGUUUUAAAAUCCAUUCUGAAAGACGUUAUUUAAAGCAAAAGGGUGUUAUUUUU